UAAGGUACAACCCCAUUUAUCGACCUGAAUCUUACUCGGCACUCGGUUCAGGGGCCUCUCCCGCUGGCGCGAUUCGUAUGUUCGUAAUCUUACACGCCCAUCUCCACGCUAUCACCACUACACUUCCCGUGCCCCUACCGUCCGAUCUCACAAGAAAAUGGAACCCGACGUGAGCAUCGAGACAUCGUGCAUGAUCCGAAUCGCCGUCCUUCCAAUCGGCAACGUCCCUCCUUCUCUCCUGCGGGAUUACCACUCCAUGCUUCUGCCGCACCACACGAUCCCUCUCUCCACCAUCAGCUCCUUCUACACGGAGCACCAAAAAUCCCCUUUCGCCCACCAGCCCUGGGACAAGGGCUCGCUCCGGUUCAAAUUCCUGUUGGGCGGGUCCCCGCCCAGUCCAUGGGAAGAUUUCCAGCCCAAUCGCAAGAUCCUCUGCGUGAUCGGCAUUUGCCACUGUCCUUCUUCUCCGGAUCUUGAUGUCGUCAUCGAACAAUUCAAUGCCGCCUGCAAAAGUUACUCAUCUGCUCUCGUUCUUCGCUGCUUCGCCUUUUGUCCUGGCGAUUCUCAACUGGUUGAUGGUAAGAAAGAGAAUAUGGUUCUAUUUCCUCCUGCGGAUCGUUCGACGCAGGAGUUUCACUUACAGACGAUGAUGCAAGAUAUCGCUGCUUCAUUAUUGAUGGAAUUUGAGAAGUGGGUUCUUAAAGCAGAAUCUUCGGGAACUCUUUUGAAGACGCCUUUAGAUUCUCAAGCCACACUUAGCUCGGAGGAGGUGAUCAAGGAAAAACGAAGACUUGCUCGUGCUCAGAAGACAAUAGGGGAUUAUUGUUUGUUAGCAGGAUCACCUGUUGAUGCAAAUGCGCAUUAUACGACUGCACUUGAGCUAGCCAGGUUAACUGCAGAUUACUUUUGGUAUGCUGGGGCAUUGGAAGGUAGCGUUUGUGCCAUACUGGUGGAUCAAAUGGACAAGAAGGAUACAAGUGUAGAGGAUGAGGUUAGGUAUCGGUACAAUAGUGUCAUUACUCAUUAUAGGAAAUCCUUCAUUCAAGACAAUGUUCAGAGAGUUUCACCAAUUACCUUUGAACUUGAAGCUACCUUGAAAUUGGCCAGGUUUCUGUGCAGGAGAGAACUGACUAAGGAGGUUGUGGAGUUGUUAACCAAUGCUGCUGAUGGUGCAAAAUCUUUGAUCGAUGCCAGCGACAGACUCAUAUUAUAUGUUGAAAUAGCUCGUUUAUUUGGUACUCUUGGUUAUCAACGCAAAGCUGCCUUCUUCUCAAGGCAGGUAGCACAGUUAUACCUACAACAAGAAAAUAGACAUGCUGCUACCAGUGCCAUGCAAGUCCUGGCAAUGACCACCAAAGCAUAUCGUGUUCAAAGUAGAGCAUCCAGUGCAUAUCAUUCUAUUUCUAAUGAAACUGGAACAGGGCAUGCUGAUAGUGGGAAAUUGCAUCAUCAGUCAGUGGUUUCACUGUUUGAAUCACAAUGGAGCACCUUGCAGAUGGUUGUGCUGCGAGAGAUACUUCUAUCUGCUGUUCGUGCAGGAGACCCUCUUACUGCCUGGAGUGCAGCAGCAAGGCUACUAAGAUCUUACUAUCCUCUGAUUACACCUGCUGGACAAAAUGGCCUUGCAAGUGCACUGAAAAAUGCAGCUGAAAGGUUGCCUUCAGGAACUCGAUGUGCUGACCCUGCCUUACCUUUCAUAAGGGUGUAUUCUUUUCCUCUCCAUCCCUCGCAAAUGGACAUUGUAAAACGCAAUCCAGCAAGAGAAGAUUGGUGGGCAGGAUCUGCACCUUCAGGACCUUUUAUCUAUACACCAUUCAGCAAGGGAGAGUCAUCAGAUAAUAGCAAGCAAGAUUUGGUUUGGAUUGUAGGUGAACCAGUUCAGGUCUUUGUGGAGUUAGCUAACCCUUGUGGAUUUGAUUUAAAAGUCGAUAGCAUCUAUCUCUCCGUGCAAUCGGGGAAUUUUGAUCCUUUUCCCCUUAAUGUGGAUCUCCCACCUAAUUCAUCCCAGGUGAUCAUGUUAUCUGGAAUCCCUACAUCUGUUGGACGAGUGGUGAUUCCAGGGUGCACCGUUCAUUGUUUUGGUGUAAUUACUGAACACCAUUUUAAGGAUGUUGAUAAUUUGCUCCUUGGAGCUGCACAAGGACUUGUGCUUUCUGAUCCCUUUCGUUGCUGUGGGUCGCCAAGGUUGAGAAAUGUAUCUGUGCCGAAUAUUUCUGUUAUACCUCCAUUGCCAUUGCUCAUGUCACGUGUUGUAGGUGGUGAUGGUGCCAUUGUUCUAUAUGAAGGUGAAAUUCGAGAUGUAUGGAUAACUCUAGCUAAUGCCGGCACGAUUGCAGUUGAGCAGGCUCACAUUUCACUGUCCGGGAAAAACCAAGAUUCUGUCAUCUCAAUCGGAUUCGAAAAAUUAAAAUCUGCUCUUCCACUGAAACCUGGUGCAGAAGUGACCAUACCCUUGACCUUGAAAGCCUGGCAACUUGGCUUGGGUGAGAGUGAUACUGCAGCUGGUAAGAGUGCCUCUGUGAGCAUGGGUAGAACUGUGAAGGACGGAAGCUGUCCCUCAUUGUUGAUCCAUUAUGCAGGUCCAUUGGGAGAAGUUGGGGAUCUUGAAAAAAACAAAACGUCUGUGCCCCCUGGAAGACGUCUAGCUGUCCCACUACAAAUCUGUGUUUUGCAAGGCUUGUCUUUUGUGAAAGCUCGUUUGCUUUCCAUGGAGAUUCCUGCACAUGUGAGUGGGAGUCCUUCCAAUCUGGCAAAUGUGGAUGGUAACCCUUCAGAUGAAUCUGUUAGUUGUGGAAGUAAGAUAGAAAGAUUGGUGAAGAUUGAUCCUUUUAGAGGAAGCUGGGGAUUACGCUUUCUCGAGCUCGAGAUGUCUAAUCCAACUGACGUCGUGUUUGAAAUUAGUGUUUUUGUCUUGGAAAAACCGAGCAGCGAGGGCAACGUUUCUGUUGACUAUGCUGCUGAAUAUGGUUAUCCUAAAACAAGAAUCGACAGGGAAUACUUCUCGAGGGUUUUAAUACCACUCGAGCAUUUUAAGUUACCUUUUCUCGAUGAUUCAUUUUUCUCGAAAGAUAUGCAAUCCGAUGGGUCCACCGGUGGUAAAGAUUCUAGUUUCUCAGAAAGAAAUACAAAAUCUGAACUAAAUGCUUCCAUUAAGAGCCUCACCUCCAGAAUAAAAGUCAGGUGGCAAUCAGGACGGAACAGCUCUGGAGAACUGAACAUCACAGAUGCUAUACGAGCAGCCCUUCAGUCAUCCAUCAUGGAUAUACUGUUGCCGGAUCCUCUGACUUUCGGCUUCAGGCUUGCUAGAAAUGGUUCUGAAAAUGCUACAAAACUCGAUUCACCAAAAGAAUCCGAUACUAGCUCUACGUCAAAGAAUCCCGUAAUUGCACAUGAUAUGACUCCUAUGGAAGUUCUGGUUCGGAAUAACACUAAGGAAACCAUCAAGAUGAGCCUUAGUGUUACAUGCAGAGAUGUGGCAGGACAGAACUGUGUGGAUGGCGCAAAGGCAUCUGUCCUAUGGGCUGGUGUUCUAAGUGGAAUUACCAUGGAGGUUCCUCCACUUCAAGAAGGCAAGCAUAGUUUUUCGUUGUACUUCCUCGUCCCGGGUGAGUACACCAUGGUUGCUGCUGCUGUAAUCGACGAUGCUAAUGACGUUUUAAGAGCCAGAGCAAAAUGCGAAUCACCCGAUGAACCUAUUUUUUGUCGAGGACCUCCUUUUCAUGUGCGUGUCAUUGGGACCGCAUGACGGUUGUUUCCGGUGUAGCCAUAGUAAAUGCUCCUCAGUCAAACCGUCAUUCUAGCAUCUUCCAAGUAGUCAUUAAUCACCAAAGUCGCUUCAUCUCAAAAUCAAAUUGCUGUACUAAUUAGGGAUAUAAUGCUUGUG